AUGCAACGAUCGAACUCACGGGCCAGCUCUGUACCAAUCUAUUCACGUGACACAUUUGGCCAGGGUGGUACAACCUAUUCGUCACACACCAAUUCGCCACAGGCAAGCUGUACCUCGGAACUGAGCACAAUCAUCAUAAAUAAUCACCUAAACGACGCUAAAAAUCGAAGUCCGGUAAGAUCAAUUCCAAUCCUGCGUUCUACGGAACAUUUGUCAUCAAAACCGUCCGUGGUCGGUGAUCCAGGUUGUCCAAAUCGUGUUUUAACAAAUGGGAUGAGUUAUUCCAACAGUAGUGAAAAGAUAAACAGCCUGACGAGAAGCCAGAUGACCUCGGUCCCUGGAGUAAUGCAGCUUCCAAGAAGCGAUCUGAAAGCCACGCCUCCUCCUCCUCUUCCGAACGAGACACCGAUGGCGCGCAUCGGUCGGAAACCGGCCUAUAAUCGUACCCAUUCAAACGCUCGCUCACUGAAUCGUUUUGCGAUGUCGGACACGGAGGGAGUGAAACCGCUCUCGGAUAGCGGUUAUGGCUCGCUUGGCUCGACUGAUAUAUCCAGAAAGCGAGGAGAACGCUACGGAUCGCAAUCAGGAACGAGCCCGUCACGAAGGGGCACUGGUCCCCCAAUCGAUAAAUCUUCCGUCUCGCAUUCGACUGGCCAUGAGUUGGUACAAAAACGAAGUUCAUUGGAUAUUCUAUUAUCUGACGAUUAUUUGAGUGCGGAUCCGAUGGGAAAUCUGACCAGAACCCAGGCUGUUAAUUCCAUUUCCGGUGAUGGUAGCAUUAUUGGCGGCCGUUGUGGCGUGAAAGGCACCAGUCCACAGCAUUCUGCUAUGAUUGGAUCUGUUCGAGCCCGACACUUGUCUUUAAAUCCAUACGCUCAAUUGCCACCACAUUAUAAUGCAAUGGAAAACAAAUCAAUCGAUGCGUCACCGGUGGGUCCAACGAAAUCUAUUCGAAAGAGUGCUACUGGUGAACCACAAAGCAUUCUGAAAAACAGUCAGUUUCGCUAUAGCUUGCCACGAAUGCGCACGAAUGCACCCUGUUUGACAGACGUAGAAUUCAUUGAUCAUGCUGGUCCCAAUACGUUCCCGUUACGAAAUGCCAGCUCAUAUACCAGUAUGGCGGACUCACUUGGUCCUCGACCACCACUCGAGAGACCUUUUGAAAAACACAUCCGGACCGGAAUCAGUCCAAAACGCAUCGGUUCCCAAUCAGAUGCGGAGGCAUGGGAUUCGAGUGAAAUAUUCGGCCCGGUCAGUGGUGUAAUGAAAAGGUUGCCCCCGUCUAACCGUGCUUCUUCUGUGCCCCGAUCCACACCGAGAGAAGAUGCGAGUGUGGUACCAAACACCACUUUGUCUGGUUAUCUGGGUACCCAGUUGACAGACGCGACCACGAAGCCUCCAAUGAAAACCGUCAGUGGUUUACGAAGCUCGGGCAGUGUUUCACGCCCGGGGUCAAGUGUUGGUGAUCCGAUAUCCACGAGAGUUGUGCACAAAAUUUCACCAAAUAUGGUUCGCAUCUCUCUUGAUUUAGGAUCACCCCCAAAUUCACCACCCACAGUGGAUGCUCAUUCCGUGGUUUCAUGUCAUCCUACGCUGACUUCUGGCGUAGGGGCCGCUGUUGUUGGGGCCCCAACCUAUCCACCACGCCGAUCGCGAUUCACCCGGAGCGCUUCUCAACCGAAUGAACGAUUGCCACCGAAGGGCGAUUUCAUGGUGAAACCACCAAGUGCGUUAACACGAUCAGUGGAAAAAACUGAUUCACCUAGCCCCGGAGGAUCCCCGGAGCGAAAAUACAUUCCCUUUAACAAAUCAAACUCAUCUGUCAAGUAUUUAAAUUCAGUCGCCUUGAACGGGUCGAAUACAACACAGAGCACAGUUCGUGCUAUGAGUCCCAGUGUACGGCCGGUUGUUGUGGAUAGUCGUAGCGGUGAAGCAAAAUCCCGACCGGGAGGAAUACGAUCCCUAGUUCCGUCGAAUGGGAUCCCUUCGAUUGGUAUGGACAGACCAAUAACAAGCAGUCAAAGUGCCAAAACCAGUCCGACUCGCGCAUCCGGUACUGGUCGUGGUUUGUCUACCUUGAUCAGCAUGGUAGGGACUAAGAUGAUGCUCACAAUUGUUUGCGGAAAAUGUCAAAAUCUGUUAAUCGAAUGUGAAAACCCUCAGAAACCUCCUGAAUUGUAUUGA